AUGGUGACGUCACUCGUAACGUCUCUUCCUCUGAUCUUGGUGAUCAUGUCUGCAGGGGUUGAUGGUCAGCAGUAUUGGGCAGUGAAUUACGGCCCUUCAUAUGUUUGUGCAUUAAAGGGUUCAACAGUGAAAAUGUUCUGUGUUUUAAACCAUCCACAUGAUUAUAAGCUCACAACAGCCUUCUGGACCAAACCUGCUGUAACUGAUGGAGAUCCACCGAACUUGUGUUCAGACCCAGAAAAGAGAGGAAGAGUUCAGUGUGUCAGUGAAUAUAAAGACACUUACAGUAUCACUUUGACGAGUGUAACAGAAGCUGAUAAACACAUCUACUACUGCAGAUUCACUACAGACAGAGGAACAUGGACAGGGAUUCCUGGAGCUCGGCUGGACAUCACAGAUCUGCAGGUGGAGACACAGAAGAGUGUGAAAGAGGGAGAUUCAGUCCGUCUGAUGUGUAAAAGCAGCUGCUCUCUGCCUCAACAAACAACAUUCAUCUGGUACAGAAACACACAGAGAUUAACUACAGGAAUCAUCACAGUGAAUCAGCUUCAGCUGCAGUCAGUCAGUCGUCAUGAUGCAGGAAACUAUAGGUGUGCUGUUUCAGGAUAUGAACGUCUGAAGUCUCCACCUGUUUAUCUUAAAGUAGGACGGGUUGAUGGUCAGCAGCAUUGGGGAGUGAAUUACAGUCCUUCAUAUGUUUGUGCAUUAAAGGGAUCAACAGUGAAUAUGGCCUGUACUUUAAAAUAUCCUCAUUAUCAUCAGCUCACAACAGUCUUCUGGACCAAACCUGCUGUAACUGAUGGAGAUCCACCGAACCUGUGUUUAGACCCAGAAAAGAGCGGAAGAGUUCAGUGUGUCAGUGAUUAUAAAGACACUUACAGAAUCACUUUGACGAGUGUAACAGAAGCUGAUAAACACAUCUACUACUGCAGAUUCACUACAGACAGAGGAACAUGGACAGGGAUUCCUGGAGCUCGGCUGGAUGUCACAGCAUCUGGUGAAAUAGUGGAGGGAGAUUCAGUGACUCUGAGCUGCAGCAGUGACUCAAACCCUCCUGCUCUGAACUUCAGCUGGUUUAAGGAGAAUCAAAGCUCAGCUGUUGGAUCUGGACAGAGUUUCAGCAUCUCCAGCUUUAACUCCAGUCACAGCGGACGCUACUAUUGUGAGGCUCAGAAUAAACAUGGAUCUCAGAGAUCAGCGUCUGUUUCAGUCUCUGUUAAAGGUGUUCAGAGAGCUGCUCUGCACACAGUUAUUGGGAUUGUGGUGGGAUGUGGAGGAUUGAUCAUCAUCAUCAUCAUCAUCAUCAUCAUCAGUGUGUUUAUUAAGAAGAAAAGGAGAGACUGUGGAGCUGACGUUGUCAGACAAAAUCAGCAGGAUGAUCGUGUGGGCAGAUCAGCAGAAACGGCUCCGACCAAUGACGUUCCAGUGUAUUCACUAGUAUCAGCCAAUCAGAGGGAUGAUCUGUAUGCCAACAUUAAAGCGAAGAAACCCAAACGCUCUGGGAGAGAACAAACAGAAAAAGACUCUGGAGGUGCUGAAGAGAUUCAGUAUGUCAGUGUCCAUCACUUCAAGAACAAAGACAUGAACAAGACUGAAGAGACUACUGAGAUGCAACAUCUAUCUGAUGACAAUAGAUCUGAGGACGUGAUCUACAGCUCAGUCAAUUGAAGAACAUGUGGUCGAUCCGCAUCCUAUUGAUGCUCAUCGGAGACCUGGAUUUGAGUCCAUCCCAGGUCCAUGUUCCAGCUCCCUCUCCGCUUGAUUUCAACCAUUUACAUAUUUAUGGGACUGUUCUGCUGUUUGGACAUUAAUGGCUUUCAGCUUAAAAUCCACUCGUUUAUUACGAUCUUAAUUGUGAAUAUCACACACACUGCCUUCACUCUACACUCACACAUGGACGCCACUCAGACCUGUAAUAGCCCUUUAGCUCUCGCUUUGUAAUGUCAAUGUGGAACAAAUGUUUUCUUUUGUGUGUUUAUA